GAAAUUGAAAACUUGAGGGCGAAAAUUUUGAGUAAUUUCGGAGGAAGACCGGACAACUCAGUUGAACUCUACCAACGAGGACUGUGCGAUGUAAUACCGACGGGAGUAGAAAGCCUGGACAUUUUGCUGGAAGGAGGUCUGUUCUGUGGUAAAAUGUAUGAACUCUGCGGGCACUCGUCAGCGGGUAAAUCACAAUUGUGUAAUUGGAUUUCCAUACAGGCAACUGUAAACGCGUCCACUGAAGUGCAUUAUAUGGACACGAGCAGUAAUUUUUGCAUCUCCAGAAUACAGAUGAUACUGGAGACUCGAGAGUCUACCAACAGGGUCGUAGCCAAAGUUAUGAGCAACAUCAAAGUGUACAAGAUUACGAAGGUGAGCGACGCAUUCUCGGUUCUGUAUGGUUUGGCUAACGCGCCCAAGGAUCAAGCUGAAAAGUGCAAAAAGCUGGUCAUAAUCGACAGUCUGACCGCCCUGUUAGCCACGAUUUCUCACAACGAUUUGAACCCGCUGUUGAGCAACUUGUCCUCGGUGUGUCGCUACUUCGCGAAUCGCUGCCGCGGGACCGUCGUGACUGUCAAUACUGUCAGGGAAGGGAGCCGAACUCUUAUUGGCACGGACAAGGACAUCGUUAUGAGCAAGAAGCCCGCCCUGACGAAUUACUGGCUGAGCGUGCCCAAUGUUAGACUGUUGAUGGGUGACUUGGGAAAGGCUCGCAAGAAGAUCGAGGUUUGGAAAAGUUGCCAGCUGGUGAACGGAAGAAGUUGUACGAUGGGCAUCGGGGAAGAGGGAAUUUUUUCAGUGUGAAGUACAUUUAUUAAUAUAGUGCAAAAUUAUUUUAAUCGAUUUACUUGACCCCAUUCUGAUUCAGCGGUUUGGUAUUUUUAAAAACAUUUUUUAUAGUGAGUUUUCGAUUGCAAAAAAUUAUGG